AUGCCUAGAGGCAACAAGAGCAAGAGCCGCUCCCGGGCCAAAAGGCAGCAGAUGCGGGGAGAGAGGCCUAAUAUCCAGGGUGCUCAGCCCACUGUGGAGGAGGAGGAAGCAGCAUCUCCUGCCCUUGUCCAGGGAGAUACCUCCAGCUCCCCUGAUAUAGCCACUCCUCAGGAGUCCCAGCAGGCUGCAUCCCAUAGUUCUCCUGGGUUAAAUGUUUCCCAUCCGGUCCAUGAUGUUGGUGCUGCAGGUUCCUUUGCAGGUGUGGAAGAGAGACGUACAAAUGUCUCCAUUAUAGCAGAAGCCAUCCAAUCUGCACGCAGUGAUCCUCUGACCAGGAAGGCCAGCAAGGUACUUCACUAUCUGCUGGAGAAGUACCAGAAGGAUGAGCAACCCGUGGAGGCAGAGAUGCUGAAGCUGAUCAGCCGGAAGUACAAGGUUAACUUCCCCUGGAUCCUGGAGAAAGCUGCCUAUCAGCUGGAACUGGUCUACGGUCUGGAGUUGAAGGUUGACAACCCUGCCACUCAGUCCUAUGUCCUAGUUAACAAGUUACCCAUCCUCCCUGGGGCAAAUGUGGGUGGCAGGAGAGAAUUGCCUAAGACGGGUCUCAUUCUGACCCUCCUGGGUAUGAUCUUAAUGAAGGGCAACCGUGCCACUGAGGAAGAGGUCUGGCAGUUUCUCCACCUGCAGGGGAUAUAUCCUGGGAGGAGGCACUUAAUCUUUGGGGAGCCCCGGAAUUUCAUCACCAAAGAGCUAGUUGAGCAAAAUUAUGUGGAGUACCGCCAGGUUCCUGGCAGUGAUCCCCCAACCUAUGAGUUUCUAUGGGGUUCCAGAGCCCAUGAGGAAUCCACUUCCAGGAAAGUCCUGGAAGUUUUGGAUAAGAUCAGAAAUGCCAUUCCUGGUUACUAUCCUCAACAGUAUGAGGAGGCUCUCAGUAACCAGGCUGAGAGAGCAGCAAGGAGAGAUGAGGCUGUUAGUUUCCAUGCUGCCAGGCUUCCCUCCCAUGCCCAACCUAGAAGGUCCUCCCACAUGUAG